AUGAGCGCCGCCCAGAGCCCCUUGGUGCAGUCCCAGGGCCACACCUCUUCCAACUACAGCAUCCAGUCGCAACCCAGCAGUCGAAAUAGCGAUACCACCCAAGGGACUGCUCAUAGCACUCUCUUCCCCCCGCCGAUGCCGUCAAAUGCCUCUUCCGUGAUCGCAAGCGCUGGCUCCAGCGCCAACAGCACUUACGAUGUCAAACCAACGGACAAUAUCAUGAACAGCGUCGCCGACGCAAGCAGCUCCCUCUUCCAGAUAUGCGUCGCAUUGCGCCAGCGGUUAUUAGGAGUGCCAGGUUUCAACGACUGUCUGUUGGCGGAGGAGGAAGACGCAGACGAUGACACAGAUCCUGUCACUCUUCUGUGGCGACUUUUUCGACGUGGAUAUCCUUUGAUACUGCUAUACAACGCCCUGCAACCCGAUCAACCUCUGAGUAUGCCUCAGGGCGUGAAGGAAGAGAAGAGAGGAAAGGCGGCCACUCUGCAGUUCGUGAGAGCGUGUAUGAAUGAGUUGAAGAUCCCACAGGAAGAGCUAUUCAUCAUAACGGACUUGUAUGGAGACGAUACCACAGGCUUCGUCAAAAUUGCGAGAGUCGUAAAUCGCGUGCUGGAUUUGCUUGUAGCACGAGGGUUGAUCGAAGAUGUGCGCCCCACGCCUGACUUGGAGCAAGCGGCGAAGCGUACCCAGCGCCAACACAUCGUUGCCGAGCUCGUCAAAUCUGAACGAACAUAUGUCCAACAUCUGGAACUGUUGCAGGCCUUUAAGCUUCUCGUCGAGGAGAAAGGUGUGAUUCCCGGAGACGCGGUCCACGAUAUCUUCCUGAACCUGAACAAUCUCCUGGACUUUCAGCGCCGAUUCCUGAUCCGUGUCGAACAAACGAAUGCUCAGCCCGAAGAAGAGCAGAACUGGGGCAAGCUUUUCCAGUUGUACGGCAAGGCUUUCGACGUGUACGAGCCCUACAUUGCAAAUCAGAAAAAAUGCGAAAAGACUGUGAUCGCCGACUUUUCGAAGCUCAAAGAGGCUGGCGGUAGCAUAGAGAUGCGCCAGAUGGUCGAAUCCCCUGCGUCGUUACAUUCCUUCUUGAUGAAGCCUUUCCAAAGAUUGACAAAAUACCCUCUUCUGUUGGAGCAGUUGUAUAAGAAAGGAGAUUUGGACGAUCAGAGAAAAGAAGAACUCAAAUCUGGAAUGGAGGCCGCCACUGCUGUGCUGAACCGAACAAACGAUGCCGUUGCCAAGGAGGAGAAGAUUGAGGCUGUCCAAGAACUGAAGAUGCGAGUGGAGGACUGGAAAGGCCACCGAGUCGAAGGCUUUGGCGAUCUCCUACUGUACGGAACCUUCACAGUGCUCAAGAGCGAGAACCUCGCCAGUGGUAAAGAUGGCGAAAGACAGUACCACGUAUACUUGUUCGAGACCAUACUCUUGUGCUGCAAGAACAUUGACUUGAACAAACCCAAGAACAAGCUUUCGAACAAGAACCUGGUCGACAACAAGGGCAAACCGAAGUUGCAACUCAAGGGCCGCAUCUUCAUGCAGAACGUUACUGAUUUGGUCUCACUGUCCAAACCCGGUAUGAUGAGUGAUUACCCUCUGCUCGUGAAGAGUAAUGAAUGGAUUUUCUGGAAAGGCGACCCGAGCAUCGAGAAUUUCAUCAUCCGAUUUACUACUCACGAAGCUUUGAACAAGUGGGCCGCACAGAUCGAGAAACAACGAAAGAGCUAUCGCGAACGAGCGUCGGUCGCAAGGAACAGCGACGGAAGCCGCUCGGCCGGCACGAGCGUGAACGAAUUCAUCUAUAUGCAGAAUCAACCCGCCCUCGAAAACCCUUACGCACAAGACAUAGAUGAAGAAGACGAGGAGGACGAUGUCGAUACCGUCGGCAGCGCAUCAGGGGGCUGGCCGGGUCACCCAUACCCACACAGCAGUGGAAGUUACUCACAAAGCAGGAACGGCAGCUCAAGUUCGCUGCGAUCUCGAAGCACAACUGGUGAGAGUGGCCAAUCGCUUUCCAGUCGACCGCCGCCACCACGACUUCCGCAAGGCAUCACGCCAAGUCCUGCGCUCACUCUCAGAACAAGAGAGUUGCAACAGCAAGCCGCAUCACCAAAUGGCGAUCAGCGCAUGGAUAGCUAUUUCUCUCCAACAGUAGACUCCCCAAUGUCCUCAAGAACAAGCGCUAGCUCUGGCAUGUAUCCUUUCCCCAGGCAGGUAUAUCCACAAAACGGGUACUACGAGGAAGGCCAUGGAAGCUCUCGCUUCACGGCGCCAGCCAUGGGACGACCGCAGAAUGCGCCUCCAAAUGGAUACGGUCCUACUGCGAGAAGUCCAGCUCCACGACCUGGGUUCCCCCCUGGCAGUGGCAUGCACAGUUCACAACAGAUGCCAGGGCCCCGUAACCGGUCUGCCAGCAGUCCAGACAUCCACAACGGCCAGCGGGUAGCUUUGAGGAAUGGGGGUCAGCCGCCUGUACCUGAAGUGCCACCUGGGUACCAGAGAAGCCAGACAGGGUCACCCAAUUUGGCCAAUGGCAUGCCGGGGCGGGGAUCUCCUCAGAUGUUGAGAGAAAGGCAGUACUCUGUACAGCAAGACAUGUCGCCAACAGAUUAUGGGUACGGUGGCCCACAUCGUCCUGGAGUGCCCCAGUACCCUUCAUCGAGGACGCCAUCAGCACCGAGAGCGCAGGCCAUGUCGCCUCCACCGCCAGUCGAACCCUCACCGACGACGCCAGCCCAGCUCAAAGUCAAGGUCCAGUGUCCAUUGGCCUCGCAAACACUGACGCUGGUUGUUUCCACGACCAUCAGCUACCAGACUCUGAAGGACCGCAUCGACGCGAAGCUGCAACGGUCGACGAAUCUCACGCUCGGGGAUCGAGGGAUCAGCAAGGAUGGUCAGGAGAGGAUCCACGUGAAGCUGAAGUACCUGGAUGAGGACGACUAUGUCAGCAUUCAGUCCGAUGAAGACGUCCAGACAGCGUUUGAGACGUGGAGAGAACAAAAGGGCGAAGGCAUUGGUGGAAUGGGAGAGAUUGAGCUCUUCUGCCAACGAUGA